GACAACACUUCAUUGCUCUCACAACGCUGACAACGACCAUGCAAGGCGAACCACCAGGCCCAGUCCCGGCCUCGCCUCCGCCUCUCACGGCGUUCCAGGCGCAGCCCGCGGCCACGCUCGACGUCGACAACUCGGGCCUGCGCCACCGGCACUCGCCGCUCCGAAAGCGCAUCCACGUCCAGACGCCGACGGCCGAGCACGGCGGCGGCAACACACCCACCGGCGCCGCAGCGGGCGGGUGGAACGUGCCCCUCGCCUUCACCGUGUCCGAGGUCAAGGACGCCAUCGCCAACGGCUCGGCGGGCUACGGCCUCUGGGAGCGCGCGGGCUUGCGCCUCGUGUACCACGGUCGUAUCCUCGACGACGCCGACGUCCUGGGCAAGGUGCUCAACGUCAACGCCGACCGCCCAACGCUCCACCUCGUCGCGCGCCCUAUUGCCUCCCACCGUGCAGGCUUGAACCUCAUGGCGCUGGCUGCGUCGGCUGCGCCUCCAGCUGUGGCGCUGGGCAGUCCUCCGCCGCGUCACGCGCCGUCGGCUUCGCCCGCCGCCGCUGCGCUUGCCGACUGCGCACACUACCUGCUGUUCUCGGCCCGCGAGCACCUCUGCGCCCUCCUUGGUACGCCCGCGCUGCAUUGGGAGCAGAUGGUGCCCCCGCCCAGCGUGUCGCGCUUGGUCGCGCGAGGCGCCGUCUCGUCGGUCAUUCAGGCGUACUCGCGCCAGCUCGGCGAGGGUUCCUACGUGGUGCUCGAGACCGAGUCGGCCGACGUCCGCCGCGCGCUUUGGGAACGCGAUGGUGAGGCGGGGGUGGUGAGGCAGAUCCACGCUGUGUGGGGUGGCCACACCGGUCGUGGGUAUAGCCCAUCUGGCGAGGUCCUCGCUGUCGAGUUGGACCAUAUCACAUACAACCUCAACCUCCCGGCCCUCGUCGACAUGACACCCUCCCAGCUCACUCAUCUCCUCGCAUAUCUUCGGAUCACAUUGCUCGUGCCUCGCGUUCUGGACGUCGCACGACAGAGCGAGCACGCGCUGCCUGGCUCGACACCACCGACACCAACAAGAACGACCACUGUGGCACCAACGCCAGCCCCAGCAGUGCCCGCCGCCCGUGUUGUGCAGCAAGGCUCGGUGCGGCUACGCGUCCCCCGCUUCUCAUUCGCUCUCGUGCAGCACUUUGCCUGGUCGGCACUGAGGCUCGGCGCCUUUGUGUGGAUGCUCACGCGUCACAUGGCAUGGGAGGACAAGCGGCUAUGGGGUCUGGUUGCAUGUGCCACGGGGUGGCUGUUGGUUGACGCCUACAACCGUUACAUCAUGGAGGACCGCGAGGAGCGCAUUAGGCAACAGCGGCAGCUCCGUCGCGCCGCCGGUGCGGGCGGAGUGGACGGCGCCGAUCUUGGCGAGGGAGCGCCUGGCGGCGGUGCCGGUCGCGAUAUGGACGACCCGAUCGAGGUCGCCGCCGCGGCGCGUGCAGCUGGUGUGCGGCCCCGCAACCCCGCACAGCAGGCGCGCACCGAGGAAUGGAACGAGUACACUGCCCUCUACCACCUCGACGUUGACAGCCGCCAGCUGCGCCUGCCCUCCUCGGCGAUUGGUGCGCCGCGUACUGUCGCAGGACCACCGGGUACGAUUGCACCGGGGCCAAUGCUCCGACGCGCGCCACUCACCCGGCCCGGGUGGUGGACGACGCGCCUCUUCCUCCCCAUCUACCUGUGGUUUGUCACGCUUGUCCCCGUGCUCGAGGCGCGCCGCGGGCGUGCCAUUAGGCGACGCGAGCGUGUGAUGCGCCAGAUUGUGCAUCAGCUCACGCCGCUCCCGAGCGCCGAGGGUACUGAAAACGGCGGUGAAUUGGCCACGAGCCACGUCGAUACCGCCACGCAACCCGUGGUCGGCGAGCCCGUGUUCCCCGACGACAUUUCACCUGCUGCGCGUCGCUACUAUGCACGCGUGGCCCUCAGCUCCGAGUCGAUUGACUGGGACGAGGAGCGCGAGGCUCAGCGCGCCAUGGGCGUCGCGGACGAAGACUAGAUCUGUCGCGUGAUAGAGUUGUAUACAACCAUUGUAUAGAUACGAGAUAUGGC